CUCUGUCGAAAAGAAUCAUGACCUAGCGAGAGAAUUCGUCCCCAUUGCUGUACUUCGACUAUGGGAAAGAAACGUCAAAGUCGACCUCGUCUAGAUCCUGGGGCACACAUUGCCAUAAUAGGUUCCGGGCUAGCCGGGCUUUCGACUGCGCUCUCGUUGGAACAAGGUGGAUUCACCAACGUGCAUAUCUACGAGAGGGAUGGUUCGCAUGACGCCCGCAAGGAAGGCUACGGUCUGACUUUGACUUACAAUCCGACAGGCGUCCUGCACCAACUCAACGUUCUGGAGGAAAUUGCGCAAUCUGACUGCCCCAGCCGGUCGCAUUACAUGUUCAAUGCGAAUGGUGAAAUUCAGGGAUAUUUUGGCAACGCGUUUGCGCGGAAUCGAGGGUGGGGUCAGCGGGGCAAUCUGCGCGUGCCGCGUCAACGAGUGCGCCAGAUUCUUGCGAGCCGACUGAAAAUAACAGAAACUCACUGGGAUCAUAAACUAGUAGGGGUGAGUGGCUGUGAAAAUGGAGAGAACAUUUGCCUGGCGUUUCAGCUAGAAGGUGCAGCAGAGGAAAAGCUUCUGGUCGGGGCAGACUUGGUUGUGGCGGCCGACGGUAUUCGUUCGGCGGUUUUGCAGCACGCAUAUCCACAGGCUCCACCCAUUCAGUCGUUGGGCAUUCGACUUAUUCUGGGAAUAUCCUCUAGCUUUACUCACGUUCAUCUGAAAGAACGUGGAUUCUAUACACUAGAUAGUGGAAAGCGAUUAUUUGUUAUGCCUUUUGCCCGAACCGCUGAGUGGGCGGUUAUAGAUGACAAUGCGACCAGUUGCAGUCAGCCUACAGGAGAGCAGUACAUGUGGCAGCUCUCCUUUGCUAGCUCCGACGAUAAGACAUACAGCUCUACGGAACUCUUACAGCAAGCACUAUUUCAUUGUCGAGAUUGGCACGAACCCGUCCAGGAAUUGAUGCUUUCUACGUCGCAAGAGUCGAUUUGGGGAACGUUGCUAUAUGAUCGCAAUCCAGAGAUCUUACACAAACACUUACAAAUCAACGACACUUUACCACGCCGUAUUUUGAUCGUCGGCGAUGCGUGUCAUGCCAUGAGCCCAUUCAAAGGGCAAGGAGCCAACCAAGCCUUGCAAGAUGGCCGGGUUUUGGUCAAACACUUGACCUCGGCAAGAGUGGAAAUUGCUGUCUCGAACACGCAGCGAGAAAUUGUUCAACGGACGGCAUCUGUGGUAGCCGCAUCUCGUCAAGCCUCUGUGUAUUGGCACGAACCACAGCUUGUCAUGCCAAAGGAUGGACAAGAUACACAGAAAUUUGCAGGUGUUUGCUCGCAAGAUAUUCCAGCGUUGCUCCACGCUUUGCAAAAGAAAAACAUUAAGGCAAAUUCAGCCAACGAUCUGGACAAAUCGGUGCAAUGCACGAUAGACGAACUUCAGUUGAUCGGACCGCCGGAAGUCAGACGCAAGGCGGAAUCGGAAUUGAAAGAGGCACACUUCGUUGAUCUUGCUCGGCAAGCUAUUUUGUCGUCAGAAAUGAACAAUUUAGCUUUCCUUCGAAAACUUUCCUGGGAAUAUCCCAAUCUCAUUCGAAACGUGGAUGUAGACGACAUGACUUGCCUACAGAAGGCGGCUAAGUCGGGACAUAUCCGUAUUGCGCACUGGCUGAUUACAGAAGCGGGCUGUCUUGUCGAUGCUCGACUUUUGAAUGACCUUUCAAUAAAGAGCUACAUGAAGGCUUUGCUUAAAAUGUACAUGUAA